GACCAUCGAGGUGGGGUGAGGGCAGGACCUGAAGGAACCCGGCAGAGCUGGAGAAGGGAAGGGUUUUGGGGCCUGGGCCUGGCCUUCGGGAGCUUCAUCAAGUGAGGUUCCGAGGCGGCGGUGGCAGCAGCGCUAUUAGUCUAGGCCCUGCCCCACGGUCUCAUCCGUUCUCUUUCGUUCCUCUCUCUCCCCAGCUCUAAACCCCAGGCCCUGUCCCCCGAGCUCUGCCCUCGGAUGUCCCACCGUCCAGAGCUUGCAUGCGCCGCGGGGCGCCCCAGGACCAGGAGCUGGUGGGUCCGGGGGCUCCUGGGCGGGGGUCCCGGGUCGCCUCUCCUUCCUCGGGACCUGUUGUCCCGGUCCUCGUCUUUCCCCCGGAUCUAGUAUUCAGGGCGGACCAACGGAGCGGACCCAGGCAGCUGCUGACCCUUUAUAACCCCACGGGAGCUGCGCUUCGCUUCCGAGUUCUGUGCACAGCACCUGCCAAAUACACAGUAUUUGACUCAGAAGGAUAUGUGAAGCCUCAGUCCUGCAUUGACAUUGUGAUUCGCCACGUGGCCCCCAUUCCCAGCCAUUAUGAUGUCCAGGACCGCUUCCGCAUUGAGCUGUCUGAGGAGGGAGCUGAGGGCCGAGUGGUGGGGCGCAAAGACAUCACUUCGGUUCUGAGGGCCCCAGCAUACCCCCUUGAACUUCAGGGACUGUCCGACCCAACACCCCACCCAGGGCCCUCUUCCUGGACAGCACCACCCACGGCCAGACACCUCCCGGAAAAAUCCCACUCACAGCUGGCCACCAGCUCCUUCCUCCUCUUCUUGUUGACGGGCAUAGUCUCGGUGGCCUUCCUGCUGCUCCCGCUCCAGGAGGAACUCGGCAGCCAGCUGCCCCAAAUCCUGCACGUCUCCCUUGGUCAAAAGUUGGUGGCAGCCUACGUCUUGGGCCUUCUCACCAUGGUCUUCCUCCGGACCUGACCUCCCUGCUCAACCUCCACCCCUCUCCUGGGGCAGGGAUGUGGAAGUGAGACAGCCACUGUGAUGCUCAUACCUUGCCUCGGCUCCCACUCCCUCCCUUCUUCCUGCCCACUCCCCUUGUACCCCCAGCAAAAAAUACCCAGGGAUUUGUAUUCAUUUUCCAAGUUGAAUAAAAUAAAUUUGUAAAAUUAAACAGAAAUAUA